AUGCAAGAUUCCAGGUAUAACAAAUAUUUGGGGCUACCUUCCAUCAUUGGGAAAUCAAAAGCACAAGUGUUUGCUGAAGUUAAGGACAGAGUGGCAAAAAAGCUUGCCGGCUGGAAGGGUAAACUCCUUUCAAUUGGUGGAAAAGAGAUCCUUAUCAAAGCGGUGGCUCAAGCAGUGCCUACAUACACUAUGAGUUGCAACCAACUCCCUAAGACUCUUUGCCAAGACUUAGAAAGUAUGAUGAGGAGCUUUUGGUGGGGGCAAAAGGACAAAGAGAACAAGAUUGCAUGGGUUAGUUGGAGGAAGAUGUGUCGAUCUAAACUCCAUGGAGGUAUGGGCUUCAAAAACAUACAAGCCUUCAACCUUGCCAUGCUAGCUAAGCAAGGUUGGAGAAUUCUCACAAAUCCUGACUCCUUAGUGGCUCGAGUUUUCAAAGCAAAAUACUUUCCUUUUGAUGAUGUCCUCAAUUCCAAAAAAGGGAGUAACCCCUCAUAUGCUUGGCGAAACAUCCACAAUAGUCUCGAGGUUAUUAGAAGGGGCACAAGGUGGAGGGUUGGCAAUGGUCGGCGAAUCCAUAUUUGGGAUGAUAGAUGGUUGCCAACACCAUCAACCCGCAAGGUGAUAUCCCCCCAAGCUGACUAUGGACACUUUCCCAUGGUGUCUUCCCUCAUAGACAAUGACACUAGAUGA